AUGGCACAGGCAGAAACUCGCAGCACAGAACCAAAUCGCCGCCAUUUUAGCACCACCACUGAAGUUUCGCCCUCGUAUCGAUCAGAAUCACUUCUCGCCGCCGCAGUGCACUACUUCAUAGUUCAUUCAACGCCGGUGGGUUCCUUCCUUGCUGCUGUCCUUGCAUUGCCUGUUUGUCAGAUCUGUAACAGAUACAGCACCACCACCGUCGCCGCUGCCACAACAGCACCACCACCUCCUAUCCAUAGUGAUCUGUCUCAUCCUCUGACCUCAACCCCCGUCGCUGUCGCUACAACAACAUCACCACCUCCUAUCCAUGGUGAUCUGUCUCAUCCUCCGACCUUAACCCCCGUCGUUGCCGCUACAACAGCACCACCACCUCCUAUCCAUGGUGAAUCGUCUCCUCCCUUGACCUCACCCCCCCAAGUUGCCGCUACACCACCACCACCACUAAAUCCAUCUCCUUCUCCGACUUCAACCCCCGUCGCUGCCGCCAUAACAUCACCAUCACCUCCAUUUUCUCCCAAAUUUUAG